AUAAUUUUGUAAGUAAUUCUGUUGAGAAAAACGGGUUCUUUCUUCUAAAAAUAUAAGUAGGUACAACACAUGCAGCGCUAAAACUAUGCGCGCUUGAUAUUUCGCCCCACUCUCGCGUCUGUCUAGCAGACGAAAAAGCGAUCAUCAGCUGAUGGCCGUCGACAUGCGGGAUUUCUCACGCUGCCUAUAGCUUGUUUUUUAAGUAAGACUCAGCCGGAAGAAAUUCCCUGAAACAAUUGUCGAAGUGAAGACAGAGAUAGGUUGAAGUACUUAGUGAAAGACUGUGAGUAAAAGACGAGUCAUGGCAGCACCUCCUGCGCCCUGGACUCACUUGCAAAGGGUUAGAAGAUUGUACAAAAUGGUUUUGAGGUUACACCGUGGUCUACCCCCUGAAAUUCGUGAAUUAGGCGACGUUUACGUCAAGGACGAGUUCAGGAGGCACAAAAAAUGCAAUCCUACCGAGGCCGAUAUUUUUCUCAAUGAGUGGGCGGACUACGCUAUAAAUUUGGCGGAGCAGCUUGGUUUGCGAGGUCCAAAAACUGGGAAACCCUUGGGAAAGCCACUGCCGAUGGAGGAUAUAAACAAACUAAGGGACGAGCAAGUUCAUCAACUGUACGAAUUGAUGGUAGCUGCAACAGGCAAGACAGAAGAACCGCCUGAAAACAAAACUUGACAUUCGUUUUCAAUCUUCUAGAAGUGAUUAAAGUAAAGUUCUGAUACAUUAAGAUUAUUUAUUUUAUUGUUGUAUGUACUUAAACACUUUCAUAUGAAACCAAAUAAAUUAUAUUGUGCUGCCAUCUGGUGCUUUUGUCGCAUUUGAAUGACACUGCAUUCAGUAAGCCAACAUGUGACAUGGAAGUAUAGCAUGGUAUGUUUAUAAUUAGAGAGAUUGUAUAUGUUCUUAAUCUAAUCAACAUACAAUGUUUACUUGAAUUUAAAGUCUAUCAAGGUUGGUUGCAUAACAUUUGAUUGGAUGUUACUCCAUUAGUUUUAAUUUUGUACAAUAAAUUGCAAAUGUUCAAAUGUAUUUAUUGAAUACGUCCUACAAAUUAUUGAAAUAAAAUUUCAAGCGAGAUCUA